UAUGGAACAAUCAAGGAACGUCCAGAAGAGGAGCCCAGAGAGGCACCGGAGAAAUCAGAAAAGCGAAUCAUCAGCAGUCAAGAAGCCAGAAGUUCGACAGGUUCGAGAGAGCUGGCCUUCUGAAGAUAAGUCGUUGUCCAACACGAGACCUUCCCUCAUUCCAGGACAACCCAAGCCAACCAUAAUUCCCACAAUCUUCACGUUCUUAAUGCCAGCCGGCAGACCUUACAAAAGCCAACGUUGGUAUACAGUUCGCAGGGCUACUGCCGCCGGAAAUGGAUGAUCCGAACACAGCCCGGUCUCUUGAGCUCCGCCCCUCAACGAGAGAGCAUGCGCAGCUCCUGGUGCGGGCCCCUCCCAGCGCGGAUCCACCCCCGUCAGGGCGCGUGCGCAGUCGUCCGGCCGUCCCUCCCCCUUCCCUGAGCCCCCCGUUCCUUAGAAACCAGGCGGCGCGUUCCCGGUGGCGGCGCGCUUGACUCCGGUGCCCGCGCAUCUCCCGAGAUCUCCGUCAAGGCGGAAGGGUGGACGUCCAGACCCGUCCGACCCAUGGUCUCCGGUGUGGCGCUGGGUGGGCGAUGCCAGCCUGCCAGGAGCCAUGUUUAACCAGGACCAUGGGGAACCCCUUUCCCUGCUGGAGGUGCUCGUGAGGAGAUGAGCUGGUGAGCAGAGAGCAGGGAUGAAGAUGCUGCCAGGAGUGGGCGUGUUUGGGACUGGCAGCUCCGCCCGGGUCCUGGUACCCCUUCUGAGGGCAGAAGGUUUCACCGUUGAGGCCCUUUGGGGGAAGACUGAGGAGGAGGCCAAGCAGCUUGCUGAAGAAAUGAACAUCACCUUCUACACCAGCCGGACCGACGACGUGUUGCUGCAUCAAGAUGUGGACCUGGUGUGCAUCAACAUUCCCCCUCCACUCACCCGGCAGAUAUCUGUGAAGGCACUAGGUAUUGGAAAGAACGUGGUUUGUGAGAAGGCAGCCACGUCAAUAGAUGCCUUCCGGAUGGUGACAGCCUCACGCUACUAUCCACAGCUGAUGAGCCUGGUGGGGAACGUGCUGCGCUUCCUGCCAGCCUUCGUGCGCAUGAAGCAGCUGAUAGCGGAGCACUAUGUGGGCGCGGUGAUGAUCUGCGACGCCCGUGUCUACUCGGGCAGCCUGCUUAGCCCGAGCUAUGGCUGGAUCUGUGACGAGCUCAUGGGCGGCGGGGGCCUGCACACCAUGGGCACCUACAUUGUGGACCUGCUGACCCACCUGACCGGCCGGAGAGCAGAGAAGGUGCACGGGCUGCUCAAGACCUUCGUGAGACAGAACGCCGCCAUCCGUGGCAUCCGGCACGUCACCAGUGAUGACUUCUGUUUCUUCCAGAUGCUGAUGGGCGGGGGUGUCUGCAGCACAGUGACGCUCAACUUCAACAUGCCGGGGGCCUUUGUGCAUGAGGUCAUGGUGGUGGGCUCUGCAGGACGCCUUGUCGCCAGGGGAGCUGACCUCUACGGGCAGAAGAACUCUGCCGCACAAGAGGAGCUGCUUUUGAGGGACUCGCUGGCGGUGGGCGCAGGACUGCCCGAGCAGGGGCCCCAGGACGUCCCACUGCUCUACCUGAAGGGCAUGGUCUACAUGGUGCAGGCCUUGCGCCAGUCCUUCCAGGGCCAGGGGGACCGGCGCACCUGGGACCGCACCCCCGUCUCCAUGGCAGCCUCAUUCGAGGAUGGGCUGUACAUGCAGAGCGUGGUGGAUGCCAUUAAAAGGUCGAGCCGUUCAGGGGAGUGGGAGACUGUGGAGGUGCUGACAGAGGAGCCUGAUGCCAACCAGAACUUGUGCGAGGCUCUUCAGCGGAAUAACCUAUGAGCCGCUUGAGGGCUCCCUGCCAUAGGGCGGAGGGACCAAGGAGGGGAUUGAGAGCCAGGACAGGGCUUGAUUGUGGCAGAGAUAGUGUCUUUUUUCAUUUAAUGAGUCAGUCUGGGCUGGGGCUGGGUAUAGCCAAAGGUGGCCCUGGGGAAACACCCCCUCUGGCUGCUCAUUUACUCCUGAGACAGGGUGGUGAAUGUUCCUGUGGCCCUGGGUCUGAGCAUCGGCACAGCAUGCGUAGGGCAGAGCUGUCACCAGGCCUUUCCUGCUUACCCUAUGAGCAGGGCCAGAAGAAGCUUGAUUUGUGGGCUCUGCAGCCUGAUUUGUGGUCCAACCAGGAUGAGAAAUUACAGCAAAAAGUCAGGUUGGCUGAGCCCAGAGGCCUUGUUUCCAUGUCGCCUUGGGCCAGAGCAUCUCAGGAACGGUGAGGGCAACAUGUCCUCCCUCAGGGAUCCUCACCUGCCCUCCUAUGCCACCAAGCUCUUCCACCUCCCAGGCUGACCCUUUCUUGGCGGUGAGAAGGGAUAUCUUUAUUAGGUGUGCUACCAGGGGCUAUUGAUCUAGGGAAAAGGGCCCCUGAUUUGGCAGAGAAGAGAGAAGGGAUAACAUCUGAUAGAUGUUAAUAAACCAGAGAGCACAACGUCA